AAAUUUCAAACUUGAGAACAAAUCAAACACUUGAAGUCAAGGCAUGGGAAGCCACGAUAUCAAGGCAUACCUAAGAAAGAGAAAACCAACCAUCCGUAUAAAUCAACACGAAGACGUCUUCAAAAUAGAGCGGUUGGAAUUUAGGAAAAGCAAAGCCCAGCCAUGGCCGAACAGCAGCGAAUCCACCCGGUCGACGUCGAGGCCCCAUCGCAGGCGGCGCCGCUUGUCCCGCCGGAGCUGUCGAGAUCCGACAAAGGCGACCCCGCCGUCGCCGGGCAGCACCCACCUCACCGCCGCACGAUACCGGUCGCUCACUCGAGACCCCCGAAAAGGCGACGCAGCUGCUGCUGCAAGUGCCUGUGCUGGACCAUACUCACCAUCAUCAUUCUCAUCGUCCUCGUCGCCGCCACCCUCGGCAUCCUCUACCUCAUCUUCGACCCUAAGCUCCCGAAAUACUCCGUCGACCGCCUCCGCGUCUCCACCUUCAGCGUCGACAACAACCUCACCGCGCAUGCAGGCUUCGACGUGACGGUGACCGCCGAGAACCCGAACAAGAAAAUCGGGAUAUACUACGAGGGUGGCUCGCACCUGAGCGUGUGGUACUCGGGUUUCAGCCUGUGCGAGGGGGAGUUCCCGGAGUUUUAUCAGGGGCACCGGAACACGACGGUGCUGACGGUGGUGCUCACUGGGGAGGCGCAGCUGGGGAGCACGGAGAUGACGGCGCUGCAGCAGCAGCAGCAGACGGGGAUGGUGCCGCUGAACUUCAAGGGGGACGUGCCGGUGAGGGUGAAGCUUGGGAGUCUCAAGCUGUGGAAGGUGACGUCCCGGGUGAGGUGCAGCCUUGUGGUGGAUAGCUUGACGGCCAACAACCAGAUUCAGAUCAGGUCCAGCAGCUGCAAGUUUAGGUUGAAGCUCUGAUGAGCUUUUGGGUUUUCUCAUUUCCUCUUCUUCUUACUCCUUUCUUUGCUAUUAUCGUUGUUAUGAUUCUCAGAUUUUAUCCGAGGAUUUCAUAUAUUUUCGUAGAAUUGGAGGUGAUGUAUGUUUGCAUUCUUUCUUUUGUCGAUUUAUUGAGCAUUUAAUACUAAUAGCAUGUUACAUGAACCUUUGUGGAGA